CUUCAGUCCUUCAGUGUAGUUCCUAGAUGCGGCAUUCGUUAUGGAGAAGAACUGCCGAAUCGAGGCUGAAGACCUCUUCCACAAGCACCUCCUGCAGUUGCUCCAAGAAUUUGAGCAACUUCGUGAGGUCCAAUCUGGCAGGGUGAGAUGCCUUGAUCAGGGAUUUGAACAUGAGCUUAGCGCCAAGCCAGGUGCAGAGACUGAGAGUCCUCCGGAGUCACUCUCUGGCGAGAUUCCAAAAGAAGCAGAACCUUUGCCUUGGCAGGACGCCGAAGUUGAAGGCACCUCAGAGGUGGAACCUCUGCAGUCUCUGCCAGAGCUGGUGCAGAAACUCUACAUGCGUUUGGCAGCAGACACCACAGGUACGAUCCCGUGGAGUGUUUGUCAGAGCUUCCUGGAAUGGAAAGGCAAACACAAUUUCGAGCUCUUGAAGGGGGCGGUGCAGCUGCUGUCAAAGCAGGUUGGCCAGACAAUCAGUCCGCGGAGCAGCAUGGCCAGCAAGCCAGGCUGUCUGGAGAUCGAAGAGCUGUAUAUUGACUAUGCUUGUUUUGCAGAGCUGAUGCGAGGAAAUUUCGACACUUUUGCAGGCACGGCUCGUGACGAACUCUUGGAGCUGCGAAACUGGCUGCAGGAAGAGGCCCACACAGCGAACUUCACCAGCUUCGUGACCCUCUCGAAGACAGAGCAGAAAUCCAAAUCUUGCUGGAGUUUCUUUGAGGCCAUCCCGCAGGCAGUUCUUCUAGAGAUGGUGCCAGCUUUUGUGAUUAUGGUCAACGCGGUGGUAAUUGGAGUGAGCCUCGACAACAACAGCACAGCUACGUAUUGGCAGGUUCUAGAGGUGAUUUUCACAGUGCUCUUCAGCUUGGAGGCUUUACUGAGGAUGCGACUCAUGGGCUGCACCACCUACUUUGUGGGUGCUGAUGCAGGUUGGAACUAUUUUGACCUGAUUUGCCUGGCGUGCGCAUAUACUGACAUCUCACUGACCAUGCUGUUUCAGCUAUCUCAAGAUGAUUCCACAAGUGGUUUGUCAAGCCAAAUGAUUUUGCCAUGGCUGAUGCCGAAGAACUAUGUUCUGAGAAACAGAAGUGAUGGGAUUAUGUUGAUCAAGGUUCUGAGACUGGGCCGUGUUUGCAGGCUCAUUCGAGUCAUGCGCUUUGGAGCUGUCCGUGAGCUGCGAGUCAUUAUUCUGGGUGUUUUAUCAGGAGUUCGGGUGCUUUUCUGGGCAAUUGCACUUCUGUUCUUCACCGUCUUCCUCAUGGGCGUGUCCUUGCGGAUCCUCUUCGACUCCAAGGAACCCGAGUUUACAGACGUCCCUUCUGCCAUGUUUACGGCCUUUCGCUGCGUCACUGACGGUUGUUCCGACUAUCUCGGUGCCCCUUUGCAUGAGCGCCUCCGAAGGGUGUACGGUGACGUUGUCAUUCCUAUUUACAUGGUUCUUUUCCUCUUUGUGGUGAUUGGGAUAUUCAACCUCAUCAUGGCUGUGUUCUUGGACUCCGUGCUGAACGACCAUGAAGCACGGGAAUUACAAGAGUUAGGGUAUAAAUCAGCGGAGAUGGAGCAGCACAUUUCGCAGGUCAUCGCCACGUUGGUCCGGGGAGACCGGGUGAAGACAGAGCCCGAAAAGCCCAAAUCCCUGUGGCGAUGGAUUGGAAGCUUCAGUGGCAGGACGUCGUCAAAAACUCACGAGAUCGGCUCAAUGGUGCACCGUCAGAUGAACAUGAAGGUGGAGGUUGCGAGAGAAGAUUUCAAUCAAUGGCUUGAGUACCCGGAAAUGAUUCAGAUGCUGUCCCAUUGCAAAAUCGAGACGGCGACCAAAUAUGACCUCUUUGAUGUGCUUGAUGCGGAGAUGGUGGACAAGUUGCACUUCAACGAGCUGGUGGACGGACUGAUGCGAUUGCGUGGCCCCAUCACCAAGGUUGAUGUUAUUGCGCUUCGCUUGAAGAUGAGGCACUUGGUACGUUUGGUGCACCAGGUCUCGCAAGCCUCAAAGGUUGCCUAGCUCUGGCAGUGCUUACAUUUUGCACUUGCUAAAGUGAUGGACACGAUUGAAGCCCACGGGAGUGGAGGCCAUUGCUCCUGCUCCUGGCCUUACUACUAGGAGCAACUAGUAGCUCCUGGCAUCGCUAACUUGACGGUUUUGUGCCCAAAGAGGCCAUGACCACCGUAGAACAGAUUUACCGACUGCGUCGAUCUCACUGCGAUGUGGCAAGGCACCCUCAAAGAGGAUGCCUUGGCUGUUGUAUAUAUUUUGAUUGCAUGCAGGAGUUUCGCAAAGAACUACUUGAUGGUUCCUUCAUUUGAUUGUAAAUUGCAAGAUGUUGUAAGCUGUAUGUAAUUGUAGCCUUUCGCCUUUAAUGCUUUGCGC